AAUAGCUUUUAGUGGCAGAAAGUGGGGGCAACUCACGACACUCGCGAACAUAACCGUCUCGUCGUGUCAGUUGCUCGAAAAUCGUGAUCGGAAACGUACACCAUCUGCGCGAUCGGCUUGACUUAGAAGAGAAAAAAAAAGAUCCCAAGAAGGUGUAAAUUGAGAAGAAAUCCCAUCUGACCUGUUGGAGUGUGUGCAAAAAGCCAAGUUCGCGGCCAUUGUUUGUCCCAGAAUCUAUUGGUUUUCUUUUUUGCCUUGUUAAAUUUUUGGCCAAAAUUGGCGUUGUUGCGAAAGUCACGCAAAAAUCCGUGGUUGUUGACAACAGGAAAAGCACAAUUUGCUGAGAGUGAAUUGUUUAGUGGUUUGCAAGAGUGGUUCUCACACUGCAAUUUACUGGAUGUCAUCCCAGGAUUGAAAAGCCGUAGCUAUCGGGAGACUCUGGCUUUCGCACUAAUUCACCAGAUAAUAGUGCACAAUAUUGCGACUAAUAUUGACCAAAUUAAUAUUUAUGUGUUUUUAAUGAACAAAUUGUGUACUCGUCUCGCCUCAUAAUGCCCUUUUUCCCAAUCAACCGCACUGUCUUUCACGAUCAGUUCCACGCUGUUGCUCCUCGAGCAAAGGCAGCAGUUUAAUUGAAUUCUGUUCUUUGCGCGGGAAAGACCUACCGUCGCGUGCACAGAGUGUCAUCUGUGAAUAUAUAGGAUUUGUGCUAUUGCACUUUUGGUGACCUUUUUCAGUAUAGUUGUACAAACGGUUUCUCACGGUGUUUGAUCUUUUUUUCUUGUUUUUGGGGUGAGAGGUGUGUGAUUGUGGAAAGUAGCGGAAAAGACAUGGAUUUCAACAUUAUUCUCCUGAUUCUUGCACUUGCAGCCGCAGGUUAUGCUUCAACAGAACCAAGCGAGUGCAAGGAGGUCGUGUGUCCCCAGUUAGCCCACAUCGAGUGUCCAGACGAUAGUUAUUCCUCACUCCUCCAGCCGCCGCAUAACAUCUCACCUCCGCCCGCCCCUGAAGUCCAGCACAUCCUGGCCAAGCGAUCACUCGUACAGCAGUACCGCAAGCGCGAGUCCAUCAAAAUUGUGCCAGGACAUAUCAGGCGGCGCAGUAUACCAGAGGCUUAUGAACCGCCGGCCACCGCUGAGUCCAACACCACAGACUCUGACGCACUCUUCCGCCUCUGCUGUCCCCAGAAGGUCUGUCUCUGUAAUUCGCAGUGCCCUGAACCCAUUUGCAUCGGGGACCUUGUGCCCCUAGUCAAGUAUUCUGGAUCUCGACGCCCAGGAAACUGCUGCGCCACUUAUCGGUGUGAUCAGCCGCCUAACUGUACGCACCUGGCAUCGGGAUUCGAGUGGCGGGAGCACUGCAAGAGAUGCAGAUGCGAAGAUGGGCUCAGUGUAUGUCACGAAGAGGAAGAGUGCAGAAUUAGUGCCACGGCUACUUCCGCCGGGAGAUCUCUCAGUUGUUACUCUGGACGCCGUGGGAGACAUUUUCCCGCCGGUGAACAAUGGAAGGAAGAUGAUUGCACACACUGCGAAUGCUCAGCCGAGGGUGAAUCCAUUUGCCAGAUGAGUGUUUGCCGGACACUGAUGUGCUCCAAGCAGGUGAAACCUCCUGGUGAAUGCUGCCCGAGAUGCGAUAUCAGUGACACGAACUUCUGUGAAGGUCAUGAGCUCUGCAGUAUGGUGUGCAAGAACGGCUAUCAGCGGCACAAUAAUUCACAGUGUAACCUCUGUCGGUGCUCUCAGCCCGAAGCCAAUUCCGGCGCAGUGCCUCCCAGUGCAACAAUAGCCACUCCAGAGGAGGACCACACCAUGAAAACCACUGUUAUCAUUAUCAUUGCAUUUUGUGUAGUUGGGGUUUGUGUUGUGGGAGCUUCCUUGUGGUACUACUACUGUAAGCCCGAAAAGAAGAAAUACAAGACAGUGUCCACAGUGGACUCGCGGCAGUCGAGUGAAGGAGCCAAGGGCAAUGGUGUCAUCCAUGGGAUGCCCUUCAAUUGUGAUAUUCUGAGUAUAAAGAUGGAUGUGGAUGGGGACACGAUGAAGAAAAUGCCGAGGGAACAAAAUGGUGCACUCACGAAUAAGCACAAUUGCACCUUCUGCCACCUGCUUGGCCCAUUGUUGCCACUUCGGCUCAGUUCUCUUAAGAAUCUUCAAUACAAAAGUUAACCAUCAGCAAAGUACAUUAAAAAAAAAUUCAUCUUCUCAAACCCAACGAAUUGUUUCUUCUCAAAACGCCACUGAAACUAAAUUCCAAAAUUUUCCAACAUUUUUGCAUUGUGCAAAAAUGUUGAGGAAAGUGAAUGAAAUAUUUAAGGUCUUGAUUAAGCUUUAGAGAUUUAUUUUAGUUAAAACAAAAAAAAAACAAACAAGAAAAAAUACGAAGUGUUAUCUAAAGGCUGCAAUUAGUUAUUUGUGAAGAAAAAAAUCAAUACGAAGGCGAUUAUGUGAAAAUAAGAAAAUCAUACCUUAGAUAUCUAAGUGAAAAAUCCUAUUUGUAAAAGAACCAUUUGAAGAAAAAAAAAAUCUUUAAACUAAGAUAAAAUCAUAAUGCUGUUAUGUGUAGCAUUAAAAUGUGAUUGAGAUGAAUCACAAAUAAAUGUAUUAAAGUUGAUCUUGUAAUAAAAGUUACUGUUAUAAUAAAAUUAUUAUACUUAUAGUGUAAUAUCUUCAUAUGAAAAAUGUUUCAUCUCGUUAGAUUUAUUCUACUGAAAAAAAACUAGAAAGAUAACGAGAUUACAUGGCUUCCAUUUAUAUAAAAAAAAAGAAAUGAAUGAAAAUAAAAGAAAAUAUUUCAUCUGUAAAAGAACAACUAUUUAGAAAAUAAGGAAAAUGUAAUUUAAGAAAACCGAAUGAGAUAAUACAUUUGAAAAUAAUUGUUGUCCGUGAAAUAAAACAAAUUUAUAUCAUACAUCUAAAUGUGAGCAAAAAAAUCCUAAAAUGAAUGAAUUUGAAAUAAAAGAACGUCAAAAGAAACCUAUAGAAAGUCGAAGAUAGAAAAAUGGAACGAAAAAAAGAUUAAAAAGAACAUUUGUUACCCACCGAAAGCAUAAGUGUUAUACAAAAAGAAAAUUAUAAGCAUAAUGUAUUAAGAAAUAAAGAAAUAUUAUUUAAAGAAACAAAAAAAAAUUAAGGAAUCAUCCAAUUGGAUUUCGAAAAUGAAACAAGAGAUGAGAUAAUGGGUUAAUUCUUUACAAAUAGCAAUGGUUUUUCUGAUUUUUCUGUAGAGAUUAAUUUUUGGUUUUUUUCUGAAUUUUCUUUCAGUUACGCAUAAUUGUUAUUGUUUUUGUAAAUUUGUUAUCGAAACCACAGAUCUGAGUGAGCAAAACGACAAAAGAUUUUGCGUACCUCAUAGCAAAAAGUAUCAGAAAUUUCAUUCAAAACUUACAGUGCAAUUCAUCUAAUUUCCAAUCGCACUAUUUGUUAAAUGUCAAAUAUUAUGUCAAAUAAACCUUUCUUUAAAUCAGGCAGGAAGUGUAUUUCACUCGUAUUUGCUACUUUUUAAGAGCUUUACUUUAUUACUUUUACGGAUCUUCAAUAACGGAAUUUUGGAUUGGGAGACGGAAAUGUGGGAGGGAUAAAAUGCCUUGUUUGACAGCUGUCAUCCGGAUAUCGGAAAGCUGUGUAUCUGGGUUUCAACAGGCGAAAAUCGCUCGAAAAGCUAGUUUUAAGGUUUACCGAUCGGCAUUUCGUUCAAGACAUCUUUCAGAGCAUUGUUCUAUAUCGAGUUUUCAUUACGGAUAAACAAAAACAAGAUCCAUUUCUUACACUUUUUGUCGAUCUUCGAUAUAAAUUAGGAAUUUUAUUUAUUUUUUUAAUUAAAAAGACGUUAGUUUAGUGGCAUUCAGUUUGAAAUAAUUAUGAAAAUAAAGAAAAUGCAGCACUGGACGCUUUUCUGACAUCAAACAGAAGAAGAAGAAGGAAAAGAAGAACAAGACAAAAAGUCUAUCUUUUUUCAGCAUUCAAUAGAUUUUUAAUUUGAUACAAAAAAAAGCUAGCUUCAAAGGACCAACAACCUAUACAUUUUUCCCAUUAUUAAAGGGCUGGCUUUUGAUUUCAUGGAACACCAUUAACUUUUACUGUUCUUGAGGUUAUUUUUUACUCUAGACAGAGAAAAUAUGGCUACCACUAUUCGUCUUUCCAAAUGAGACAGAAAGUUGCUCAAUUCGCCAAGCUGUAUGCAUGUCGAGUGAGGUCCGGCCACUGAAAUGAAACUUACAGGAAGAAGAAGAAGAAGGUCACUUCGCUAUAGGCAAACUGAGCGCAAGUUUUAACGAAAACAAGAAGUAUUUUUAUUGUUGAAGCUUGUUUAUCAAACACAAAAUUACUGUAAAAUAUUUGUAAUAUGAAUUUUUUGGUUUCUCAAGAACUAUUUGACAUUUUAGCAAAAUUGAGUGGAAUUCAACCAAUUGUUAUUAUUAUCAGAAAUCGAAAUAAUAUAUUUUUCUACCAAACAAGAUAAGGUACUCUGAAAGAAGAGGUUUGUAAACGAACAACUAAAUUUUGUUGAAAUUUUGUCAAUAGGGUGUUAUUUCCCUAUUUGACAAAACUUUUUUUCACUGAAAAACAGCCUUUUGACUAUUUUUUACACAACUUUUGCAUUUUCGGUAUAGAAGGAUAUAUCUUUCUGACAAAUUUCUUGUGUUUCUGUAACGAGCUUUAGUCAGAUAAAAUUAUCUUCCUUCUAUGGAACGCAUAAUAGCUUUUGUUUCGUAAAGAUGUCUUUGAUAUUCCAAUGAGAGUGAAUUAAACCUAGAGCUAGAUUCAGUCAUCUCGCUCACACAGAUAGACAGUUUUAAAAACGACUUUAUAAAAUAAAAGUUAUUGUGUUUUGAACAUAGCGGUAUACAAACACUUAUUUUUGUGUUGAAAACACAUUUUUGAGAAUAUAACGAAAAAAAUUAAAUCUUACUUUACGGUCUUUAUAUUUAGUAUCAUAUUUAUUUUUUUGAUGACUUAUUGACAGUUUCGUCCGAAUUUUUGACAGAUAAGCAGGAGAAUCAGUAAGACAUAGUUGUUGGCUGUAAAGAUCAGAGUGACUCCGACAUAUCAUAAAAUGGAAGAAGACGAAGAGAUGUAGUUCUGGUAGUCUCGCCCUUAAUGAUCGUACACAUGCAUGUUUUUAAAACUGCCUGUGAGAGUAAGCGAGAUGACUAAAUCUAGAUUUCACUCAUUCUCAUUGAAAUUUUAAAGAAAUGUUUACAAAACAAAAGUUAUCGUGCGCUGGGCAUAACUAUAAAACAGGAUUUCAGGUUGCAGUCAGCUUCAUUGAAAUGUCAGACAGAUUUUUACAAAACAAAAUUAUUGUAUACUGUCGUAUGAGUUGUCUUCUUCACUCUCAGGCAUAACGUAGAAAGCAAAUUUACAAAAGACAAAUAAUUAUGCGUGGUCCACGUAGCCCAUAAUAAAGCAUAAUUUUCAUUUUUAAAAUGUUUUUAAUGCUUUUUACAGAAUUAAAAAAAUCUAAUUGUAAUUGUCUCAUAUGUCACCAUGUUUUUAAAAUGUUUUUACAAAAUGAAAAGAAUUGUGAGCGCACUAUCAUGGUGUUCCCGCAAUUAUUUUUGUUUCGUCAAAACGUUUUUAAAACUCUAUAAAAGAGAUAGAUGAAACAAUUUAUAAAGAUUUUUCUCUCUUUUAAGUAGAAAAAAGUAUUCUUCAGUUGCCUUUUCUGUAUUUUUUUUAUUGGGAAAAAAUCAAUAAAAUUACAGGGCAAAAUAUGUUUUUUAAUAACUUUUUAAUUAUUUGGGACUAAAAAACAGGAAAGAAGACAACGAAAUUCUUUAUUUAUUGUAUAUUUUUAUAUUUAUUUAAAAAAAAUUAAUAAUAAAAAUCAUUAUUCUGUUUUCUUUUUUUAAAUUAGUUCUUAAGAAAAUCAAUUCUAACUGAACUAUUUACAGAUUAUUGAAAGAGCAAUAUUAUACUAUUCUUAAAACUUGACUUAUAGCACAAUUUUCCUAAAUGAACAAUUCACAAAUUCUCGAAAUAUUAAUAUACAGAAAAUAUAUUUUGAAAAAAAAACUCAUAUAAUGUUUUAUCCCAUAUAUCGAGUAUCCCCAUCUCUUUUUCAUAAAAAAAUGCAUUAAUUAUAAUUUUAUAUCAAACAAACAAAUGAAAAAAAUGCAUAAAAGAUAAAACAAAUUAUCUCGUAUUUUGCAUCGAUAUAAUAUUCUUGUUUUUGUGAUAAGCUUGAUUCAAUAUUUAUAAUUGUAUGUAUAACAAAAAUUUAAAUAAAACAAGACCAUAUGGUGAAAAAAGUUCUUCUAUUGGGAAAUAAAAAUUGGUUGGAAAAAAAGUGUGAUGCAGCAGUAAUGCAAAAGUUUGGAUAAUAUCAAAGUAUAAAUUCGGAUUAUGUUUUUUUUUUUAUUUUAGGCAUAUCCACUGAGAAAAUAAUAAAGUGUGGAAAUGAAGAAAAAAUGUAUUUACAAGAGUAAAAUAUUAAUAGUGAAAAUAUACAAAUAAAGUGAGCAAAUGUAAAAUUAUUGCUUUGUAUGUACAUAAUAAUUAAUUAUACUGCAUAUUGAAUAAACAUGUAUAAAACAAA